UUUUAGAACAUUUAUUUAAUACACUCGUUAACAACAUGUGUAUUGGCAGUGCAGCCAGAUGAUCAUUGUAGAACAUAUUGAGAAAUACCACUGGUCACAACAUUUCAAACAUGAGUUACAUCACCCACCACCAGAUGAUGUUGAUGGGAGGGCAGAAUGGGAAGUUGAGCAAAUUUUAGAUGUGCACCAUGUUGAUAAUAAAGGUGGGUUCCUGGGCAAAUGGGUUGGCUAUAAUGAAGAUGACAGCACCUGGGAGCCUGGAGAGUUGUGACAUCAGAAAUGGGGCCGAGUCACGUGACAGCGCAGACGC